AUGGCGGAUCCAGAGCUUGGCUCUGAUUUGCAGUCGCCAUCUAAAGAGAUAAAGCCAAAAUAUGCAGAUACUUUCACUCGGGUCUUCGGGUUGGAAACUCGAGGAAUUGAACGUGUCGGAGAGAAUGAACGUCACCCUCCACGGUCCAAUGAUUAUACUCGAAUGUUCCUGCUGUGGCUGAACUCUUCAUUGACCGCCAACAACGUGAUAGUGGGACUAUACGGUCCGGCACGGUACGGUCUUGGUUGGAACAAUGCCGCCAUGUGUGCUGCUUUAGGAGGAAUCCUAGGAACUAUGGUAGUGGGUUUCAUGAGCACAUGGGGUCCGAAGAGUGGCCAUCGCACCUUGGUGGUGACUCGGUGCUUCCUAGGCUACUACCUUAGCAAGGUAUGCUGCGUACUGAACGUCCUCACGAUGCUGGGCUACGGCAUGGUGAACGUCAUACUCGGAGGCCAGGUCCUCUUCGCCGUGUCCGAUGGCCACACAGCAGUACCUGUCGGCAUCGUUGUGGUCGCCAUCCUCACCUGGUUCAUCGCAACCUUCGGCAUGCACCUGUUUCACUUCUAUACGCGAUACGCCUGGAUUGUCCAGCUAUCUAUCCUCUUCGUCAUGGUCGGCUGUGCCGGCCCCAUCUUUGACACCAUCACUUCCCCUUCCUCCGCCAAUCCCCCGGGGCCCACAACUACCAACUCCAAUCGCCUCUCCUUCUUCUCCCUCUGCUUCGCCUCCGCCAUCACCUGGGCGCCCUCCAGCGCCGACUACUUCGUGUACUUCUCCUCCUCCACCAAGCAAUGGCGCAUGUUCCUCUCCGUCAGCAGUGGCAUGGGUCUCGCCAUGGUCAUGACCACGCUAUUAGGUAUCGGGCUCGCCACCGGCCUCUCCACGAACGCCACCUGGCUCGACGCCUCGCUCACUUCGCAGGGCAGUCUCCUCGUAGCCUCCUUCACCCCGCUUCACGGCUUCGGCCGCUUCUGCUCCGUCGUCCUCGUCCUCGGCAUGGUCUCCAACAACAUCCCCUGCACCUACUCCGCCGGCCUGAACCUCCAAAUGCUCGGCCGGUACGGGCCACGGAUCCCGCGCCCGCUGCUGACCACCCUCGAGGUGAUCGUAUACACGGCGUGCGCGGUCGUGGCGCACGGAUACCUGCGGGAAAUCAUGGAGAAUUUCCUCCCGUUGAUGAGCUACUGGAUUGUGAUUUGGCUGGUGAUUGUCGUCGAGGAGGGGUGUAUUUUCCGUCGUGGCAAGGCGUAUGAUUGGGACGUUGUGGACAAUAUUCAGCGCUUGCCAAUGGGUUUGGCGGCGGGGGCGAGCUUUGUGAUCGGGUGUGUGGGUGCGGUUUUGGGGAUGUCUCAAUCAUACUUCGUCGGUCCCAUAGCGAAGUCCCUUUCGGGAGACUGCGACCUUGGAAUGUGGCUGGCGCUGGGGUUGACGGCCGUGUGCUAUCCGGGUCUUCGACUGGUGGAGUUAAGGAUGACUGGCCGGUGA